AGUGUUGCAGGCAGGCAGGCAGUGGAGAGACUGUUGAGCUGCAGAGACGUGCCCAGGGUGGAUAAACCAUGCUCACUAAGUGGGAGAAAGACUCUGCCCAGGACACAAGAUGAAGGUGGAGAGGAAGACCUCCUCUACAGGCGACAGUUUCACUGACAUUCCUCCACUACUGACGCUCUUUGGCCUCCUCCUCCUUCUCUUCACAGGUGAGGUGUCAGGGGUGAAUGUGACUAGCCAAACUCAGGUGGUGAGGGGCACAGUGGGCAAAGAGGCCCUCUUGUCGGUCAGCUACUCCAGCAGCAGCUCCGACAAGCCUGUGAUCAAGUGGCAGAUAAAGAGGGACAAAGAAAAACCCAUCACUGUUGUGCAGUCCAUAGGAACAGACAUCAUAGGGAACCUGAGGCCAGAGUACCGCAACCGUAUUCUGGUGUGUGAGAAUGGGUCUCUGCUGCUUCACAACCUGCAGCUGUCAGACGAAGGGGCGUACGAAGUGGAGAUCUCCAUCACUGAUGACACCUUCACUGGAGAGCGCUACAUUGAGCUCACUGUGGAUGUUCCCGUGUCGAAACCUUACAUCCAGAUGAUGGCCUCGUCUGUCCUGGAGUACAGCGAGCACUUUAACAUCCACUGUUCCCACGAUAACGGCACAAAGCCCGUCUACGGUUGGCUGAAGGGAGGCAAAGUGCUGAUGAAUGACUCACGUCUGAUGCUUUCACAUGACCAAAAGGUGCUGACCAUCUCACGCGUUCUGAUGUCAGAUGAUGACAUCUACACCUGCACAGUGGAGAACCCCAUCAGCAGCAUGAAGAGCAUACCUGUCAAGCUCACUGUCUACAAGUAUACAUCAUCUGUCACGGUGGCGAUAUCCUCCGUAAUCACCCGGGUGACAGUGUGGUGCCUGUGGAAACAUCCAAGAAAGAAGCAUCGACCUGUCCCCCAAAGAGUUCCCAUCUAUAUAGAGCAGAGUGAAAAUGGCCAUGAUGUUGAUGUUGUUCCCAAACCAACUACACUUGGUCGAAGGAGUCCUAUGCCGCUUUAUGUUCUCAAUGAAGAUGAGACUGAGCGUUUGGAAGAAUGUUCUGGCAAUGCUCUCAGCCAAUCAGAAAUGAGUAUCCCUGCUACCUACGCUCCAGUCCUUCCCCCCUCGUCCAACAGAACUGACCGGCCCAUCUGGUCUGCCCCACGCAGAUACCCCCGCAGCCCUUCUCCACUGGCACAGCCUCUCCCACAAACGCUUCCAGGGCCUCCUCUGCGCCCUAUCCGCUCACCUGCUCACUCCCCUGGUUCAUCCCCACGCAGUUUCAGCCCGAUAAGAAAGGUCCGUCCUCCAGUAGGUAUCCCAGCCAGCCACCUGCCUGUAGAGGCAGAGUGUUCAGAUCCUUGUGAUCAGACUCACUGUCCAUCACAGCAGUGACAGCUGCUUGGAUGUAUGUUUUCAUUCUGAGAUAUGUAAAGUACAUGUAUAGUUUGCUGGUGUAAUGUUGCGUCACGCAACAACGAUAAUGGAUCUGAUGCAGUAGGAUAAGAGAUGAGUUCACUUUCAGCUAACUCUUUGUCUUUAUAUUCCAUUAUUUAUCAUCUAUUUCUCUAUGGCUAUGCACAUUAUGUCUGUAGUCUUUCGAUGAUAUCCUCUCAUAUAAAAAAAAAUAUUCUGUCCAUCAGCGUAUUGUAUCUGAUGCUGAGACAGUAAAGAAUUUCCAACUCUGGUAUAUAUUUUGCUUUUUGAUGAAGUCUGAAUUUUACUGGAAACUUUUGAUAAGAACCUGUACAUAUGUAAGUUAAUAGUUUUUGGGGUCAGGAUUUUCUUUUGAUUAAUUUAACCACAAAUUGUAUUCUUAUUCAACAUUAGGUA